AUCCGGAAAAGGAAGUGUUUUGUGGAGAGGUCACCGAGAACUCGCGGUGGUAGCCGGGACGUCGGCGGACUGUGUGCCUGAGCUCAGGAAGGGUGCGUGUCCCCUGUGUCCGCUCCGGUCGCCCGGUCAGGAAUGCGCCUCACGAAGCCGGUGUGUGGUGAAAUAUUUGAUGAAACGCCAGCGGGGACUGUGAUCUAAGAAGAGUCAUGGUUUGGCAUUGCGUAUUCCCGUACUGUCUUAGCGUGCACGUUUGAUUCAUUGAGCUAGCUGGCGUUAGCGCGCUCCGUUGAUUCAUAUCACGCUAGGUUGCUAGCUUUAGCCUGUAGCCAACCUGCUAGCCGGGUAGCUAGCUAGUAAGCUAGUUUCACAGUGCUGCUGCCAAUCCGUCGAACAGAAGAGAACCGGACUGACUGCUGAACCCAGUCGAUACCUCGGAAAGAGGUGGUGGCGGGCGGGGGGUCGGGAGAACGCGACGGAGUGGAAGUGAGUCAGGAGCGGCUGAUGAGUUCAGAUCAGAACGGAGAGCCGCCGCAGCUGCAGGAGGAGGCUGAUCCCGGACCGGAGACUGGUGGGAAGGACGAGGCUCCGCUGGGGAGCGAGGGAGGGUCAGGCGGCAUGGUCACCUCUAAGGGCGCCGGUUUGAACCCGAAUGCCAAGGUGUGGCAGGAGAUGCCUGUGGCCCCCAGCGAAGCUGUUAACAACAGCCCUCAUUGGCCCCCCUCUGACAUCAGUGAGGGUUAUUCUGAGCCUUCUUCUGCUGGAUGUAAGCCUUACUCUGUGGGAUUCACAACCCUAAAAGACGGCAGCGCCACACCAACAGCUGAGAUAGCAGUAAAUGGAAUGGACCCUCCGGAGGAAGGCUUUUCCCCUGCUGAGUGCACCACAGGGACUUCAGAUUUCAAAACUGAAGAGCAAUCAAAGAUCUCCUCUGAAAAUCUACGGGAGUGUCUUAAGAAGGAGCUGGAGUUUUAUUUUUCCAGAGAGAACCUCUCGAAGGAUUUGUACCUGAUGUCACAGAUGGACAGUGACCAGUUUGUCCCCAUUUGGACCAUAGCCAGCAUGGAGGGCGUUAAGGUCCUCACUGCUGACAUGGACCUCAUCUUGGAUGUGUUGAGAUCCUCUCCCAUGGUACAAGUUGAUGAGAAAGGGGAGAAAGUUCGUCCUAAUCACAAGCGGUGCAUCAUCAUCCUGAGGGAGGUCCCUGAAACCACACCUAUUGAGGAAGUAGAGUCACUGUUCAAAAAUGACAACUGUCCAAAGGUGAUAAGUGUUGAGUUUGCACACAACAACAACUGGUACAUCACAUUCCAAUCAGACACAGAUGCUCAACAGGCAUACAAGUAUUUAAGAGAGGAAGUGAAAACCUUUCAGGGAAAACCCAUAAUGGCCAGGAUAAAAGCCAUCAACACAUUCUUUGCGAAGAACGGCUACCGUAGCGUGGACAGCAGCAUGUACGCUCAGCAGGGCCAGAGCCAGUCCCAGUACAGCUCUCCGCUCUACAUGCAGCAUGUCUACCCGCAGCAGCAGUACCCAGUUUACAGCAUCGUACCUCCCACCUGGACACCUUCGCCCACGCCGUAUUUUGAAACCCCUCUGGCUCCGUUUCCCAACAGCAGCUUUGUGAAUGGUUUUGGCUCUGCCGGUCACUACAAAACUGGCUCUAGUUCUCUAAACAUCACCCGCCCAUUCAACAGAAACCGUGUCCCCCUCUAUUCAAGAAAGAAUGUAAUAAAUGCCUUCAGAAACCACGUAAAGCCGCAGGUGAGGACGGGUGAGGUGACCUCGGCGUCUCUAACUCCCGUCCCCUUGGAGAGUUUGACUGGGCUACGCAGUCCGCAGCCCGCUGCUACUGUCGCCGCCGCCCAGACGGCAUCGGACCUGAAUUCAGCCUUUUCACACCUCUCCUGCUCUGCCGAUCCCAGUGAUGACAGCGGCGUGGCCGGACGUGGAAGACGGGGCACAACCUACAGAGGAACACGGAGGAGGCGAGAAGACGAACGGAUUUCUCGGCCGUUCCCGUUGGCGGAGGUCAAGGUUUCUCCACCCAAGUUUGACUUGGCUGCUACCAAUUUCCCACCACUUCCCGGCUGCGUGGUCAGUACACAGGGAGAGCCAGUGCUGGAAAACCGAAUGUCCGAUGUUGUACGCGGUCUGUACAAGGACAAGACGGAACAAGUCAACAAAGUCGCUGUGAGUCCAGGUUCAAGCCAACCUCCAGUCCCAGAGGAGGCUGUAGUUGUAACAAGCAUCACCCCGGCGGCAGUGAAAUCUUCUCCACAUCCAGCCGGACCGUCGGCUACUGGUAUUGCUCGCCAGGAGAGGAGAGUUGAACGGGCAGAGCCUCCAGCGCCUAAAGCUGCUCCACGCACACCUGUUCAGACCACCGUGGUGCCACCCCCCACCACGCAACCUGUGCUUAGCUCCAGGCGUCAGCCCUCUGCUGCCGCCGCCGCCGCCGCCGCUGCUGCUGCUGCAGCACCACCACCACCAACAACAACAACAACCGCUGCUGUUGCUACUGCCGCUGCUGCUGUGGCUCCUGCCGCCUCCACGCCCGCAACACCCGUCGCGCCGGCUCCUGCUGCAGCCGCGCCGGCACAGGAACCACGUAAGCUCAGCUAUGCCGAAGUGUGCCAACGGCCACCUAAGGACCCUCCACCUCCGGCCCCGGCCCCCGCUUCCACGAGUCCCGCGCCGGGCCAGCCGCUACGUGAGUUGCGUGUGAACAAGGCAGAGGAGCCGGGCUCCAGCGGCGGUUCCGGAGACAAGCAGGAGAAGGGCCACGACAGGGAGGGGGGUUGGGAAUACAAGGAGAGCCGACCGGCACGUGAACGUGACUCUCAAGGCUACUACCGCAGCAACGGCCCGAGGGGGAAUGGGGGCCUCAAGUUCCGUGACCAGAGGCGCCCGCCUCCGGCCCGACGCAGCUCCCCGCAGGGGGGCUACAGGCACACUGGCAAAGAGCAAAAUAUCCCACCAGUAUCGCCAAAGUAAAAACUUGAUAUGAAUGGGGGGGAAGAUGUAAGAAUAUAUACAUGGAUAUAUAUAUAUAUAUAAUUAUAUAAAAAUGAAUCACAUAAAAGCAACAACAUUAUGGUAGCCGCCUUUCCUCCCCACUGGGACGUGUCCAAAGAAAAAGCUUUUCUAAAUGACAAUGAGACCGGCACAUCCUGGACAAAUGGGAAAAUUGACACCCGGAAGAACUUUAAUGCGUGGAAAGGAAAAAUGUGGUUUUGGCCUCCAGCAUAAUGCUUAAAAGAAUUGAAGCGUGAUUUAUCUGGAGGCGGUCUCCUCUUUGCUCGGCUAGGGAGAGGUGGGAUGUCGGGCCGCGUACUCGGCCCUCUAACUUUUUUUAAAAACUUUCUUUUAGAUGUCUGCAAGAACAUUAUGCACUAAAAAGAAAAUAACAUGCAUAUAUGUCAUGUACAUAUACAAAGAUAUCACUAACACGCAAUGAGACAUCAGGUUUUUUUCUUUUUCUUUUUUUUCUUGUGUGCUUAGGUUUGCAAGUAUGACUGAAGGGUUGACUGAUAUCUGUAUGCAUUUAUUGUUUAGCAACCUGAUUGAAGUGCUACAGUGUGCUGUUGCAUUGAUGUAAUGAAAUUGAUUUUUUUUUUCCCCCCCCCCCCCCCAACACCAGAGACUGAACCGUGGAGUUGUUUAAUGUAUAUUGAUGAAAUGUGUUUUAUGUCGGUAUUUUCAUUCUCGUUUGUAAUUGGCUCAAAUUUGAUCAAGUUUCAAAAACUGUUGGUGUACGCUGCAGUCACAUGUGUGGUUGUGUUUGAGCCUGAAAUCCACUUUGGGUUGCCCACUACCUUGUUAGCCGCAGUAAACCCGCUAGCCUGGUCAAGUUUCAUGUUGACUUUAAUCUUUUUCCGAUUCAGCUCUAACCACUGAUGGCUUCAGAACAUUUUCAUGUUUAUCAGUCAGGUUCUCUGUUUACAGGCUUUUGAUUUGGUUGAGGAGUGGCACCUUUUCCAAGAGGGGAAGAAUUGAGUUAAUAACAUUUGACUGUUCAGUGCACCUGGUAGUUUAGGUGAGGAUUGGAUUUUCUACUUCACAGGAUAUCCAGGUUAAGCUUAUCUGUGAACUCUUAAUAAUGGCAUAGUGUCAAAAAAAAAAUAGACUGAGGAGUGAACGAUUAAUGACAUUUGGCAGCCACGUCGGUGGUAUUAAGAAGAUUGGAACAUUUUUUGCGUCUUAUGUGCCAGCUGCCUAUGAUCAUAGUGUGCUAGAAUAAAGUUUUGAUUUCUAUUGACAAGGUCCGCUCAAUAAUUUAGUCUUGGGGAAACUUUUUGCCCAGUGAAACUGGAUUUUGAAGACUAGGUGUAGUUGCCUAUGCUAUAUUUUGAAACCCUUCACUAGAAAAUGUGUCUGGGAGAAUGUAAUUGUUCUAGAACUGAAUUUACGGAGGAAGCCGUUGGACAGCAGGUAUCCACCAGAUUGUUUUGUGCUGUUAGGGUGAGGUUUUUUUUGUGUGUGUGUGUGUGAGGAAAAACAGGAUUUAGAAUUUGAAGUUUGACUCGCUAUGUAUUACUUUUUUAAAUGUAUUUAUUUAAAUUCUGAUGCACGCUUUUCUCCCAAUCUUGGUAGGCUGGUUUCCCCAAAGUUGUGUGAAAUCGCAUUGACAAAAUAAAAUCACGCACAGGACAUUUCUAAACUGUCAGCUGAGCGAAAAUACUUAAUGCAUUGACUUUGGGUUUAACAAUGCAGUUAAAUGAGUAAACAAUCACUACUGGGGCUGCUAAUUCAUUUUCAUUGAGUAUAAGCCGCUAGUUAUUUAGAAUAAUUAAAUAAAUGCGCAAACUUUCUUUUUGGUAAGAAAUUUACUCAUGAUUAAAGUGAAAUAAUUUUACAUAAUGGUUAAUAGGCUUGCAAAUACCUACAGCAGCCUCUCCUCCUUAUAUGUUUGGGUUAUUUUCUAUUAAUUUGGGUAGGGGUGGCAAAAGGAAAUAUAGUAAUGGAUUAAUAAAGUGUUUGAGACACAAUCCUAGAACUGUAUGAAAUGUCACCAAAAAUAAAUUAUUUUGAUUUGG